AUGAAGUCGGCUGUGUUUGUUCUCCUCCUCUUAAAUCACUUGACGGAUGCUGAGAGUAGGUUCCCCCUGUCAGAAUCACACUUUUGCCAGAGUUAACAGCAUCCGUCGAUAUUCUCCGAGCUGGCGAAAAGACACCAGGAGAAAAGAUCGGAACUUUGAAACUUGUUCAGGAAGAUGGGAAGCUGAAGGUAGGUAUAAUAACUGAAGGAUCUCGUUUUAUCACAUAUAUGAAUAGAAUUACAAGUUUAGAUAGGCAUUACAUUAUACUUCCAGAUAACUGGAAAAUUAUCUGGAUUGCCUCCAGGACCACAUGGAUUCCAUAUUCAUGAGAAAUCUGAUCUGACAAACAACUGUUUGAACACCGGAGGUCAUUUCAAUCCAUUUGAAAAGGAUCACGGAGCUCCCUCUGAUGAGGAAAGACAUGCUGGCGAUCUCGGAAACAUCGUAGUCAAGGUAAAUAUUAAUCUUUUUUUGUAAGACUAUUCAAUUCUAUUUCCAUUUCUUUCUUGUUUCAGGAUGAUGGAACCGUUGAUAUUGCGGUUGAAGAUCAUUUGGCGAGUCUUGCAGGGAAAACAAAUGUUUUAAAUCAUGCAGUUGUUGUCCACGAGAAGGCCGAUGACCUCGGAAAGGGUGGUGAUGCAGGAAGCAAAAAGACUGGAAACGCCGGUUCUAGACUGGCCUGUGGAGUGAUCGGUAGAAAAUGAUUUGUGUCGCCUUCCUCUCUUCUGUCGCCUUCCUCUCUUCAGUCGCUGAUCCUCCCCGUUAAUUUUAUUUUCUUAAUCAAUUUUUUUAGCCUCUGGAAGUGGCGUCGUCGUCGUAUCAAUUGGAAUUACAGUAAUCUCAUUUUUAACAGUCCUACUUUUGCGUUAA